GACAUUUCAAUGUCAUACUCCAAGGUGUGUUGCGCCUUUUCGACAUGCUCCUAGUCAGGCCCGAGCCCGUACCUCCUAACUACGAUGACAGUAGAUGGAGUUGGUUUCAGAAUUGUCUCGGGGCAUUGGACGGGACGUACGUGCCAGUUAAUCCCCUGGCAGUUGACAGGCCACGCUAUAGGUCAAGGAAGGGUGAGAUUGCCACAAAUGUUUUAGGUGUUUGUAGUCGAGACCUAAAGUUUGUCUUUGUCUUGUCUGGUUGGGAAGGGUUGGCCACUGACUCUAGGAUCUUGGCGAACGCCAUUUCAAGACCCGAUGGUUUGAGAGUCCCCCGUGGACAAUACUACCUUGUGGAUGCCGGAUACCAAAAUGCUGAGGGUUUCCUAGCACCGUACCGCGGCCAGCGAUAUCACAUUAACAUUUGGAGGCAAGGUCACAUGCUUACUACGAAAGAGGAGUACUUCAACAUGAAGCACUCCGCUGCUAGGAAUGUGAUUGAGAGAAGCUUUGGUGUGUUGAAGAUGCGAUUUGCAAUAUUGAGGUCUCACUCCUAUUACCCCAUUAGGACUCAAACACUUAUCCUGACAGCAUGUUGUCUUCUCCACAACCUCAUCAAAAGAGAGAUGCCCAACGAUCCCAUUGAGAACGAAUACACGACAUGGGAACGUGAUCACAUACACGAUGUCGAGGCAGAUGAUCACAUCACUACCAUAGAAACUUCCAAUCAAUGGACCGGGGAGAGGGAUGCGUUGGCUACAGCCAUGUACAACCAUUGGCUAGGAAAUGGUGGGGGACAAGAGGUUUUCCCACCAUGACGAAGUUUCUUUAGUGUAUUUGUGUUCAAGUAUUUGAAGAACUUUUUAUGAUGUAAACAUUCUAAUUGCGGUUCGAAGAACUUUUAUGAUGUAAACAUUAUAAUUCAAAAACAUUGUAGUAAGUUCAUUGUAAUUCAAUUUUCGGUUUGUAGUUCAUAAUAGACUUGUGAUAUAAUCAUUCGUUGUCGACCUUAAAAUCUAUUUUCAGCAAUGGAUACCCAAGAAGGUGAUAUGCCUACAAGAAAGGCUUCAAAGACGCGUAGGGUGUGGAGGAAAUCCGAAGAGGAUGCCCUCAUGAAAUGCAUGGUCACAAAAAUCGGUGACAAAUGGAGGGCGGAGAAUGGGUUCAAACCUGGGUUCUUCACCCUACUUGAGAAAGAGAUGGACAAGGUCAUGCCGGAGAGCAAACUGAAGGCCUCCCCCCACAUUGACUCGAAAGUGAAGUAUUGGAGACAAACUUAUGCCAAAAUAAUGGACAUUCUAAAACUUAGUGGGUUUGGGUGGGACCAUGUUAACAAAAGGAUUGAAGUGGAUGAUGACGUUUGGAAAAUUUACGAAGAGGUAACUUCCAAUGCUUUAAUUCAUAUGUUAUGGCAUGGGAUGAUGUACUAAGAUUGUAAUCUUCGUGUAGGCGUACCCUAGGA